AUGUCGAGCUCCACGACCUCGCUCCCCUCGGCGUCGACGGCAACCUCCAUGUCGCGCGCUUCCUCCUCGAGCGGCCAGUCCGACCUGUCCUCGUCCGCCAUGACGCCGUCGCGCUCGUGGCAGCGCUCGGCUCCUCCCUCGACCUUCGUCAACGGCCGAGGGAACGUGCAGCACGCCGCUCCCGCGUCGCACUACGUCCCGCACGACGGCGGCAGCACGUCGGCGCAGGGCACGCCGAUGCUCGGCGCACCCGUACAGCAGCAGGGCCAGCAGGCCUACGUGCGCCGUGACCUGUCGCCUGUGCCGUCCAUACCGCGAUGCGGCAGUGCGGGCUCGGCGCUGCCGCUGGACGGGGCCGCGGGCGAGACGGCCGCCGUGUUCCUCCCGAACCAGUUCGGCGUGCGACAGCGCGUCGCGAUCAAGACGAGCUCUCGUCCACCGGCGCCGCGAUCGUCCCUCACGCCGCAGCGCCGCAGCUCGGCCAUGUCGACCUCGCUCAGCGCCGAAGGUCGAGCCGCGGGCGCCAACGGCGACUCGUCGCCGCACGCGAGGUCGCCCUCGCCGAGCUACUACCCUCCACCCGUCGCGUCGAGUCGAUCCGCCUCGCUCCAUCCGCCCUCGCCCCACGCCACGACCCCGACCCUCGGCUCGACCGCUCCCACGCGCGAGCGCUCGCCUUCCCCGUCGCCGAGCACCCGCUCCGGCUACACCUCCACCCUCGACCUUCCUCGCCCUCGCACCUCCGACCCGAACGGCAGCGUCUAUUCCCUCGCGCCGUCCCGGUCCCCCUCGCCGACCGUCCACCGGAGCAGCUUUGCCUCGAGCGGCGGCGGCGGCAGCGGGACCGUCACGCCCACGCCAUCGGCACCGUCGUCGACGCAGAAGACGAGCCUGCUCGACCGCCCUCGGCCCAAGACGCCCGACUCGGCCGCACUUUUCCGGUUCGGCGAGAACGGCGCCGUGCGGGCGACGGCCGGCCCCGACGAGUCGGUCCCGCCGGCGCCCGAGAAGGUGGAGGAGCGUCCCGCCAAGCGCAGCGUCCUCGACCGCCCUCGACCGCGCACGCCCGACUCGCAGGCGUGGCUCGACAGCGCCGCGACGUCCGCCUCGUCGAGGGCACCUUUCGCGUUCGGGGCGGGCCCGUCGAGCGCGCCGCUCCAUGGUCGGUUCGCCGCCGUGCAGCACCACCGCCCGAGCGGGUCGGGCACGACGACGAGCGGGUUCUCGUCGUCCAAGGGCGGGUCGUUCGACUCGAUCGGGCCUACGGCGCUCUCGGCUUCGACGCGGGCGUCGACGACGGCCACGUCCGCUCGGCCCUCCCUCGACUCGGGCCCGCCCGCCCCGCUCCUCGACUUCAACUUCGACUUUGGCUCGUCGUUCGGCACCACCGAGACGAUGUUCGGCCUGAGCGACCUCCUCAAGCUGGGCCCGAGCGUCGGCGUCGACCAAGCGUCCUCGGUUUCCGCCUCGAGGACGUCCGCAAGCGGCCAGGCGCCCGCCCGCACCGAGCCGGCGCCGUCGCCUGCACUCGCGCAGCCGACCGUGUCGGCGAGCGCGGCCGAGUCGGUCCCGCACACGCGCACGGCGUCGGCGGCGAGCAGCGGCGGCACGAGCGGGUUCCUGAGCCUUCCCGGCACGACGAGCGUCAACGGGCGCGCCACGCCUCGCAAGGAGCCGCCCAAGGUCGACCUCCAGCUCGAGCUCGAGCUCGAGAUCGAGCGCGCGCUGCCGCCGCACCGCCCGCUCGCCGCCGAGGUGCCGCCGCGCGCGUCGUCCAGCAGCAGCUUCGCCGGGACCGAGGGCGAGGUCGGGAGGAGGGCGCCGCGAGGGCACGCCUCGGUCAGCUCGAUCGAGAGCACGGCGGCGAGUGGGCGCAGUGCGAGCGUGAGCGGCGGGUCGGUGUUCUCGAUGGGCCUGAACGGCGGCGCGCCGGGCUCGAGCCCGCGGCCGAAGCGGCGCAGGAGGAAGAGCCUCGCGAGCCUACUUUCGUUCGGCUCGUUCAGCCAGAGCGGGCACGGCGGCGACGUGCCGUCCGGCGGCAGCAAGGCGCUCGAGGGCGACGGCCCACUGCUCGCCGGCAAGGUCCAGCUGGCGCCGCCCAUCCUUCCUCCCGUCGCGCCGACGGGCCAGCCGAUCGAGUUCUCGACGUCCUCCACCUCGCGCGACGCCUCGGGCGACGUCCCGACCGCGACCUCGACCAGCUCCUCGCCCGCUCCGCCUCAUCCUCCCUCGACCUCGUCCGCCCCUCACUUCGACCCUGCCUCGUCCUCCCUCUUCCCACCCUUCGGCGAGCUGUCGCUCGACAAGUCGCUCCCGCCUACCCCGGCCGGCGGCAACUCGUCCGCGCCUAGCGCGCAGGACUCGCCUCGGAUCCCGACCGGGCCGUCGCCGGCGCCGCCCGACUCGCCGACCAAGCGCUCGUUCGGCACGGCGGUCGACGCCGCCAACAAGGGCCUCACGCGGCAGCUGUCCAAGCUCCGCAACCGCGGCGCGUCCUCGUCGUCAUCGUCCGACGCGCGCACGAGGAACCCCAACUUCCAGCUCAUCUCGGCGACGACGACUCGGCGGCCGUCGCAGCAGCACGACCGCAAGCCCUCGAUCUCGUCGCUCCGCACGUCCGACACGCACGCCUCGCGCCGAUCCUCGCUCGACCACGGCAGCUACCACGCCGACGGCGCGCCAGCCUCGUCGGGCCGCACCCGCACCGAGACGUCGUCGUCCGCGCCCGUCGCCUCGUCCGCGCCGUUCGGCCGUCGCCUCGUCGAUCGUCUCACCAAGGGCAUCGCGCCGAGGCCGACCGCGCCGGCCGCACACCCCGAGUCGUGGACGAUGCCGGUGCGCGACCACUCGGACGAGCCGGCGCCUGCACGUCGUAUGGGGCGCCGUCGCGGCUCCUUCUCGAGCCUGCUCGGCGUCGGUACCGCGAGCGCAGACGGACACGGCGCCGCGACGAGCGCACCCAAGAAGAUCCUCGGCAUGAGCCUGCCGUCGGGCCGCAGGAGCGACGACCUGCUCACGAGCGGCCGGGGCGGCGGGAAGGAGCGCGCCGACGACGGGCCGACCGCCGCACCUGAUGCGCAGCGGCCGCUCAACCAGGGCGCGAGGAGGAGCUUCGACCUGCUCAAGGACCGUGUGGCGGUCGCGAGGAGGCCGAGCACCGACAACCUGAUCAGCCUCGCGACCGCCAAGCUGUCGUCCCUCGCCGUCUCGAGCCCGGGCGCCGACAUCUCGACCGCCUCGCCGUCGGCCGAGCCGUCCACCGUCGAGUCGGCGCAGCCCUCGACAGUGUCCUCGGGCACGUCCACGCCCGACGACGACGACGACUCGACCAGGCGCGACAAGGCCGACACGACCAUCGAGAUCGCCGCCGUCGUUCGACUGCCCGAGGCGAGCCCGGUCCUGCAACCUGCGCCCGAGGCGCCCGCCCCCGAGCUGCGACCCUCGACGCCUCGACUACUCGCUCGCUCCGACAGCCUGAAAGGCCGACGACCUCUUGCGCCGGCGGCGGCAUCGGCGCCCGCCAUGCCGGCACGCCCACCCGUCCCGUCGACCGAGCCCGUCUCGGCGCCACGACCAAGCGCGCCCGCACCUGCACCUCCACGUCCAGCACCGCCCGUCGUCCCGAUCUGGCGACGGUCGUCCGUCCAGCAGCAGGGCGUCGUCCCGCUCGAGAAGCGCAUGACGCGCGCGUGGCUCGAACUCGAGGACGCCCUUGAAGCGUACUGCUCGCCGACGCACGACCGGGUCGCCAUUCUGAAAGGUGUCCUCCUGCCGUUCCUGUGGCACGAGGAGGAGAAGCCGAGCCCAAAGGCCCACGACUCGCUCUCGCGCCGCCACCGCCGGGUCCUGUUCGGGUGGAUGGACGUCCUCAUGACCGAGCUGGAGAAGGUUCAAGAGCGGCACCGCGGUACCUGCCUCGAGAGCCUUGCCGCGCUCGCCGAGAGCCACCUCGUCUCGUACGGCGCGCUCGAGGACGACCCGGAGGGCCAGCGGUGCUACCGCUCGUCCCUCUUGCACAUGCUCGGCUACGCCGUUGAGAAGCUCGACCACAAAGCCGUCUACGCCAACAUCCUCACUUUCUCGAGUCGGGUCCUCGCGCUCGCCUUCUUCCGCAUCGAUGGCGUCGCCCUCAAGCUUCUUCGUGCGCUCCCGCCUGUCAAGCAGCAAGGGCUGAGGCGCAUCAUGGGCGAGGCAGGCGUCGACGAGAACAACUUGCCGCCGGUCGACGAGCGUGCCUACCCUGUCCACCUGUCCAACCUGUGCUUGCGCGACUACCGAGCCUACGCGGCGCUCCUCGUGUCGCCGAACCGGCCGACCGACGCCGUCGACGUCCUCAUCGACGAGGACGACAUCAAGAUCGAAAUGACGGGCAACUGGCUCGUCCGCUGGAAGGCGUCCGACUCGGACCUGUCGUACAACUUCUACCGCGCCUACCACCGCCAGCUCGCCGACUAUCUCCUCCCCUCAUCCCUGCGCGCGAGCACGGCCGACCUCGACUUCCUCCCGGCCUCGGUCGUCGUCACGGCGCCGGGCUACCUGUUCCUCGCGGCCUCGCUCCUCGAGAAGAUCGACUCGCUCGUGCACCGCAGCCUGCGCACCUUCACGUCGCUGGGCCCGGCGUCGAGCAACUUCAACACGAACGAUUCGGCCAACCUGUCGUUCGGGCAGAAGCCCAAGGUCCUUGAGCACGCGCAGCGCCGUGUCGUCACGACCCUGGUCGAGAUCGUCGGCGGCUCCGAGUCCGCCCUCACGUCCGAGGAGCGCUCCCUCGACGCCGUCGCUCGGCGAUACGUGUUCGGCGGCAUGCUCCAGGUCUGGGUCCGGGCCUGCGUCAAGCGCACGUCGCUGUGGGACGUCCGCGGCGUGUACCUCGUCGCCGACCUCAUCGAGAGCCUCCUGUACAAGCUCGCGUACUGCGGCGGCGACGAGGAGGCCCCGCUCCUGCCCGACGAGCGCAGCCUGCGCCUGUUCGACCUCCCUUUCCUGUUCGGCACCGUCCGCGUCAUUCUCGAGCAAGCCGACAACACGGUCACCAUCAUGCGCACGAUCGCGCUCGUCUACGCCAACUUUGACGCCUUCACUACGAGCCCGGCGCACCGCACCGAGCUCUGCGAGAAGGUCAUCCUCGACGAGAACCUGUUCCGCCGGCUGCUGCUCCACUGGAACUCGAGCGUGCGCAACUACUGGAUCCGCCUGCUCGUCUGGCGCCUGUCCCGCCUCGGCAAGGCCGCUCAAGAGCAGCACCCGGACCGUCGCCCGGACGCCGACAUCGUCGCCCUGUUCAGCCUCCUCAACGUCCGCCUCGAGGCGGUGCGCAAGCGGCACGACGAGCUCGAGCCGAGGGCCAACUUUGCCGACGACAGCACGCUGUUCCGGCCCAAGCGCUCGACCAUCUGCUCGACGCGUGGCGUCAACGAGGCGCCCUGGACCGUCGGCGCUCUUGGUGGCGCCGUCGAGGAGGAGUCGGACGACGAGGACGACAACGCGCAAGAGCUCGUGCGCUCGACGCCGCCGUCCAAGGGCGAGGGCGCCGUCAAGAGCGGCCGCAAGCAGGACCUCAAGACGGUCGCCAAGGUCGUCUCGUGGCUCAAGGGCGGGCUCGGCAAGAAGCAGGACAAGGGCUCGCGUAUCUCGUCCGACGACACGCCCGUCGACCCGUUCCUCGUCGAGCAGAGCGACCCGGCGCGCUCGAGCACGUCGACCGACCGCCAGCACCAGGGCCCGGCGCCGCUCCCGACAACGGUCGAGACGGGCUGUGUCCCUACGCCUGCAUCUCGCGGCCCGCACACGCCUGAUGCGCCGACGCAGUACUACGCUCGUGCGUCGGCGUCCUCGUCGUCGAGCGGACGGCGACCUCGGCCCAAGUCGGGCCGCGCAGAGCGCCGUCGGUCGCUCAACCCGGCCUUCUUCGCCUUCGAUUUCGACAAUGCAGUCGUCGCACGCACCGACGUCGACCCGACCGUCGCCUCGUCGGGCCUGUCGGCCGCCUCGGUCUCGAGCGGCGACACUGCGUUCCCGUCGGCGCCCAUCCGCCCGCGCCAGCCUGGCGGUCCUGCUGCGGCGCUGUCGCCGCGCGUCUCGCUGCGGUUCUCGAAGCGCAUCUCGAUCCUCCCGCCGGCAGCGCUCGACCUCCUCAAGGAGGCGCACGGCUCGGAGCCCGUGCCGCCCAUCCCUGCGCGGUACCGCGACAGCGUCGAGGCCGGGUACGAGCGACACCUGCACACGUACGCCGUCCUCGGCCUGCGCGACUACGAGGACGCGCUCGACGAGUGGACGGUCUGGACGGCGCAGCUCGACGAGGAGGAGGGCGAGGGUCGGGCCACCGUCGACGUCGUCCCUCGCCUCGCCGUCUCAUGGCCGCUCUCUGGCUCCGAGGAGUGAGCGUGUACCUGUACUUUGUCGCGCACGCUCCGGCCGCCGACCCGCACCUGUCCCUGUUCCCGUCUUUCUUCCUUAGCAUCCCUUCGUCGUCGUUAUCGCUGUCGUGCAACCGAGGUUCUCGCUG